CAACAGUGAAGAGAGACAACGAAGUAGUGACUUGAGAGUGGUGAAACUUCACUAAUCUGGCCGCGCUGAAGACCAGGUGAAAUGGCUGCAGUCAAUUCGGACAGUGCUGGGUGCAUCAUGAGUGUUCUGGAGUGUCCAGUUUGUAUGGAUACCAUGAGGAGCCCAAUAUUACUGUGCCAAAAUGGCCAUAAUGUUUGCAAUGUGUGUAAAUUGAACCUUACAAACUGCCCAACAUGCAGGGCACAAUUUACUGGGACAAGAAACUUAGCUUUGGAGAAACUGUCUCAAGAAAUCCGGGUUCCCUGUGCCAACUCAGAAAGAGGAUGUACAGAGAAGCUGUCCAUUCAAGACAUAACGAAACACAAAACUUCCUGUCCCUAUCGGCCACACAAAUGUUUGUUAGGACUUCCUAAUUCUUGUUCUUGGGAAGGACGUAGAACCGACAUUUUGCUGCAUGCCAAAGAGAAGCAUAGAGGUUCUGUUUUCCAGUCUAGAGUCAACAUAUUUUCGAUUUACAAAAACUGGAAAAAAACAUUGGAAUGUGAGAUCUUGUGUACAUUGUCAGAAGAAAUAUUUUUGUUGAGAACUAAGAGAGACUCCAAAAAACGAAAAUAUUAUGAAGCAGUGCAGUAUAUCGGCCCUGCAGAAAGCGCAUCAAAAUACAGAUACGAACACCAUCUAGUAUCACCUGAAGGCCACAAGGAGAUGACUGUCAACUGUGCAGUCCGAAGUGACACAGAGAGCAUGGAACGAAUUAUAGAAAUAGGGGAAUGUUUCACUAUCGACUACGAUACGGCGAAAGCAUUUGUUGGCAGAGAGGGCAGGAUAGGAUGGACAGUAAACAUCAGACAUGAGCCAUCGUUCGGUCGACAUCGUUCGCCUGAGGUCUACAGACAGCAGUUCGGUCUAGAUAGUUCGCCAUAUGUCUCCACAUGGGAAUCUUCAUUUUGUUCUCCACAAUAUUAUCAUACGAACUAGAUCUUGUAUUAGAAUUGCCUGUCAAAAAUACAUGAUUUAUUUACCUUGAA